CGCGCACGCACGCACGCACGCACGCGCUCUCAUUGCAUGCUCAGGUCAGUCAGUUUUUUGGAGUCUCGACUGUUCUCAAUGAGCGGCGAAACUAUGAACACACGUUAUUUUCUAACAACCUGCGCAGAGCGUCUCUUUAUAGGAUUUUGAGAUGAAGAAGGACAUUGCUACGAUUAUAGCUGAAGAACGGGCUGAGAUCAUCGCAAAAUAUGAGAAGGGCAGAAAGGAGGGUGUGCACAUUAACUCCUGGGAGGAUGUCGACUACAGCAUCUGCAGGGUUACGGACCGCUUCGGUUUCCUGCAUGAAGAGGAACUACAAACACCAACCGCAGUAGAGGAGGAGUACAAGCUCUUGGAGAUCAAAAGAGAGCAGAAAUGGCUUAAAAUGGUGAAAAAGUUUGAAAAGUACCACAACAGUGAAAAGUUGAUGAAACGGGUGUACAAGGGGAUUCCCAUGAAGCUGCGUGGGGAAGCCUGGGCUCUGCUGCUCGACGUGGACAAGGUGAAGCAGGCCAAUUUCAGGAAGUACGAGAAAAUGAUAGAGCAAGCAAAAAAGUACUCAACAGAAAUCAAGCAAAUAGACCUUGAUGUCAACAGGACCUUUAGAAACCAUAUCAUGUUCAUGGAGCGCUUUGGGGUCAAACAGCAAUCCCUGUUCCAUGUGCUGGCAGCUUAUUCCGUCUACAACUUGGAAGUAAGCUACUGUCAGGGAAUGAGUCAGAUCGCCGCCAUUUUACUCAUGUACAUGAAUGAGGAAGAUGCGUUCUGGGCCUUAUCACAACUGCUGACCAAUAAGAAACAUGCCAUGCACGGGUUCUUCAUCCCAGGGUUUCCCAAACUCCUGCGUUUUCAGACUCAUCAUGACCAAAUACUGUCCAAACUUCUCUCCAAACUGAAGAAACACAUGGAUAAGGAACAGAUGUCCACUGGGAUCUACUCGACCAAAUGGUUCCUCCAGUGUUUCAUUGACAGGACACCCUUCACGCUCACCCUGCGUCUAUGGGACAUCUACAUAUUAGAGGGAGAGAAAGUCCUCACCGCCAUGGCCUAUACUCUACUCAAACUGCACCAAAAACUUCUUCUGAAAAUGUCUCUUGAGGACCUCAGGGAGUUUCUGCAGGAGAGUAUUUCUUCGUCCUUCAAUGUGAGAGAUGAUGUUGUUAUUGAGCAACUGCAGUCGUCUAUGUCCGAGCUCCGAAGGAUGAAACUCGAUCUCCCUCCUUCAGCCAAGGGAGAUGAGUUGCCAAAGAUGCCUCUGGGCCAAGAGUGUCCAACAGUGCUGAUGCCAGUUAUCCAAACUGAGUGCAUGUCCAUACCACCACCAGCCACACACAACAACUCAACCUCAUUCAAACCACACACGGAGGACACCACCAACAACAACCAGCGCAGCGACAAACUUACCCCCUCCAUUACCUCAUCAUCCCCUCUACCAAAGCAAACCCAAUCAUUCAACCCUUCAUUGUCACAAGCUACACCUGUUGACACAAUGACCACAAUGAAGAAUCAAUACAGUGCCCCUGAACAAAGACCAACUAUUCUACACCUCCCAGAACCUGCACCAGGGGAUACACUUUCUUUGAAAGAUGGAUGUGUCAGUAGAUCUCUAACAGCUGUGCCUGAUGAGUGGCCUCCACCCUACCAGGCACCAAUAACAGAUUCUUCUAGUAUAAACUGUUUGAAUCUCCCAGAUAUGCUGCCACCACCACCUGUUCCCUGCAUCAAACAAGCAGCUGAGCUUUCAUCUCUAGAGGAGGAUGUCCCAUUUAACCUUCCUCCACCACCUCUGCCAAUUGCCGAACCUCUGAAUCUCAUUUUAGCAGAACCAUCUUCAUCGCCUUCCUCUUAUAGAGCCCAUCGGCAGCUAAGCAAGUUUCCCGUCAACUUGUAUGUUCCUCCAUCCUCGAAUGACCGCCGACCUUCUAACACCUCCCAUUACGAAAACAUCUGGGAGGCGGAAGAGCAAUCUGUGGAGAGACUCUUGGAGAUGGUCCCCACAUUGCCGCAAAAGUCAUACUUGGGUCAUAAGAACCCCACACUUCCCCUUCCUGCAGAAGAUGCCUUGUCUCUCUCUCUACCGCCCCCGUCCAUGUUCUUCUACUCCCCAGACUCUUUGCCCCUACCUCCUCCUCAAACUCCAUGCACUGAGGAGUCCAACAGUUGGGCGACUCCAGAUGGUGUUUUCUCCCAGCCGCCAGACAGCUUCGCAGACAGACCUUUCCUUGUACCUUCAGUCCCGUCCAGUCACAUGCUUCUAAACCAGACUGUAUAAUAUA